AUGGCUUCUCAGACUGGCUUGGAUGUUCUCCGUUACUUAGUGACGCACAUCGGACUUUGUAUUGAUAAUCCUUUAGUUGCCAGGACCCUAGGUCCAUUUCAAGACUGUACUUCCAAUCAAGCCAUCGCUUACGGAGAGCUUUCCAAACCCAAGCAUAAGGAAUUGAUCACAUCCUCUGUUGCAGAGGCAAGAAAUCUCCUAUCUCGGUUCCCUGGCCUUGCCUUAGAGGAGUUAGCUGUAGAGAUAGCGAUGGUGAAACUGGCUUUGAGAAUUGCUCCUCAUAUCAAUGGCCAUGUCCAUAUCCAGACAAAUCCUUACUAUUCUUACUCGGUUGAAAAGACCACUGUCAACGCUCUCAGAAUCAUUCAACUCUUUCAGUAUUUACAGCCAGGUUUCGAGCAGUCGCGUAUCUGCAUCAAAAUUCCAAGUACAUGGGAGGGUAUGGUUGCCUGUCGGGCCCUCGAACAAGCUGGAGUACGCACACUCGCUACCACUCUCUUUACCCUAACGCAGGCGGUGCUCGCUGCGGAAGUCGGCUGCACAUAUGUCGCACCCUAUGUCAAUCAGCUUAAAGUUCAUUUCGAGCCGGGCUUCACGGACCCGAACAAGCUUCUGCCUCUCUGUGUCGCCAUCCAGAAGUACUAUAAAUCGGUUAACGCUAAAACCCAGUUUCUUCCAGCCAGUUUAACCUCGACAGAUGAAAUUUUUGCGAUGGCUGGUGUGGAUCAUAUCACCAUCGCUCCGAAUCUCUUGCAACAGCUCUCGCAGCCAGAUUCCGUGCCCCAGAUCCAGUCUCUAUUCGACAGUGAUGCUCCUGCAGUACUUCCUCCAUCGUCAUUGUCUUUUGUCAAUGAUGAAUCGGCGUAUCGCCUUGCUUUCACCAGAGACCUCCAUGGAGCAAGCGAGGAAAAGCUGACCCAGGUGCGUGAAUUAGGCAGUCGAUUUUUUAAAACUUCUGUACUGACUCACUCGUAUAUACAGGCAGUAAAUAUAUUCUGUGAUAUGCAGGACAAACUCGUCCAGAUUAUGAAAUCUGUGGUGUGA